CACUACCGAUUAUCAUUAUAUCUGAUUCGCCGUUUAAAAGAUCACAGAUUGAAAUUUCACAUCUAUUGUAGUCGAUAUUAAUAUCAAUUUAGAGUGAUAUAUAAGUAAAAAAUAUACCGCGAUAUUGUAAAACUUCUAUUGAAAUUGAUCGCUACCAUUCCAUUGUCUUCGAGGUAAAAAAAAUAUUUUAGUGAUAAUAGAUUAGCAGAACUUUAUCACAAAAGAAAUCCUGCUACGUAAUAUAGACGUUAGAUGUCAGGAUGUCGUUGAUAACGUCGCACGUGUUACGUUGUCGCAGUUUAAAUAAACUUGUUACUCCGUUCAGAUUAGCAGUGACCGGUACUGUUAGUAAGUCACGAUUGUGUUCUCUGUUUGAAAAAUACGUAAGGAAAAUGUCAUACACCACGAUCGAAAGGGGUGCACCGAACAGCACUGAUUACAGAAUAUAUUUCAGAAAUGAUACUGGCCCAAUUUCACCCAUGCAUGACAUUCCACUUUAUGCUGAUGAAGCUAAUAAAAUAGUGAAUAUGGUUGUUGAGAUACCAAGAUGGACAAAUGCAAAGAUGGAGAUCAAUCUUAAAGAAACAUUAAAUCCUAUCAAGCAAGAUGUUAAAAAGGGCAAAUUGAGAUACGUUGCCAACUGUUUUCCUCAUCAUGGAUAUAUAUGGAACUAUGGGGCUUUACCACAGACAUGGGAAAAUCCAGACGUCAUGGAUAAAGCUACUGAGUGUAAAGGAGAUAAUGAUCCCAUUGAUGUCCUUGAAAUAGGAUAUAGGAUUGCCAAAAGAGGAGAGAUCUUGAAGGUAAAAAUUUUGGGUUGUGUUGCUCUCAUUGAUGAAGGUGAAACUGAUUGGAAGAUUAUUGUUAUCGAUGUCAAUGACCCCUUGGCAGAUCAAAUGAAUGAUGUAUCUGAUAUCGAAAAGCUUUAUCCUGGUCUAAUGAAAGCUACAAUUGAAUGGUUCAAGAUUUAUAAGAUACCAGAUGGUAAACCAGAGAAUCAAUUUGCAUUUAAUGGGGAGGCAAAACCAAGAGACUUUGCUUUGCAUAUAGUAGAUGAAGUAAAUCAACAUUGGCAGAAUCUCAUUAAACGAGAAGCUCCUGCAGGAGGAAUUGCAUGCACUAAUACAACCGUGAUAGGCAGUCCCUUCAAAAUAACUCCAGAGGCUGCAGAAGAAAUACUGGAGAAGGCUCCAGGAACAUUGGAGGCUCAAGCAAUAGAUCCGAUUGUCGAUAAAUGGCAUUACGUGCAUCUUAAGUGAGAGUAAAGGGGUAUUCUCACAUCAAUACAUCUGUUGAUGCUUACAUACACUUGCUUGUUUUUAUGGCACAUAAUGGAAUACCGCGUAUUGCUCCCACACCAUAAGUUGUAAUACAUUCGAUAGUUAUAGAUAGUAUUUAAAUGUUAUUGCAUGUGCUUACAGUACCGAAACAAGUAACUUAUACGCGCAGUCAAACAUACAUAUAUCUUAUUAUUUAUUUUAAUACGUUUGUAAUUAUCAAAUUGGAAAGUAUGUGUACAAAGUUCCUUAAGUAUUUUUUGUUUUGCAUUGAAAUAUUCUUGUUACUGUACUGUACGUACAUAUAGAUGUAAUGGGCAGGAGGAAUUAAAUAUACUCUUGUUAAAGGUUGUGACACGGCUUUUCAUAGAUAUUCAGGAAUAAGGUAUUCUAAGCCAAUAAACUUAUUUUUCACCCACAAUUUGUUAUAUCACAGAUCCAAUGUGAUACAAUAAAUUAGUUUGCGACUUAAA